ACGCGGAACAUGAUUCGCGGACUGUCAGGUGCAGUUUCCGCCGGAGUGAGUUUAUUGAUCAAGCUUUACAACCGGAGUCCCAUAGACCUACUAUGUACACGAUCUAGAGCUAUUUUAGGACUAUAUCGACGACACCCGGAUAUAAGAGUUCUCGCUGUUAAAUAUUGGACCACAGCGUCUUCAAACAUGGAAAUAAAAGGACGAGUGAUCGUGUAUUCGAUACUUGGAUGUCCCCACUGCAUGAGGGCUAAAGAUACAUUACAGAAUAAGGGGAUCCCGUACACGGACAUAAGUUUGGAUACCUACCCGCAAUGUCGGGAGGAAGUGAAAAGUCGUACCGGUAGACAAACCGUGCCACAGGUGUUCUUCAACGCGAGACAUAUCGGGGGGAAUGAUGAUCUGCAGAAACUGGUGACUGACAGGAGUGAAUGGGAUGCAAUCAUUAAUGAGUUGAAAGACACUCCUCCUGGGAGUGAUGCUCCUCAGAUACCAGACCCCAGUACCGCAGUCAAAGAUUCAGAUGCUGGUGACUUCACCUGUGAACCAGAUGAGUAUGCCAAGCUUGUGCAGGACUUGAAGGCCAGUGGCCUUAUCAAGGAUCACUCCAAGAUACUCACUACCUAUAAACGGUCCUUUGUGGGCCGUGAGUUUGUCGACUGGGUGGUCAAAACAAAGGGGCUUGACAGGAAUGUAGCUGUCGAUAUGGGUCAGGCUCUGAUCGACAAACACUUUGGCCACAAUGUGAAGAGUGAGGAAGUGUUUCAGGACUCUCCAGACAAAUACUACAGACUAUUGGAGGAUGACGAGUCCACGGCCUUGAAUGCUGGCGAAACAUCUCAGUGUGAACCAAAACCAGCUGAUGAACUUGGAGAGGAAAUUCGAAAGCUUAUCUUGAAGAUAUACAAUGCUUUUUUGUCAAAAGAUGGAAAGAAAGUGAAUUACCGAGGCAUAGCUGGAAGUUCAGAGUUUGAGCGGUAUAAAAAACUGACAAAGGAGCUUCAUCGUGUCAGAAUCUCGGAAUCCACUCGAGAGGAGAAGCUAUCAUUUUUCAUCAACAUAUACAAUGCCCUUGUCAUCCAUGCCAAUGUUACUACAGGCCCUGCAACCAACUUGUGGCAGAGGUACAAGUUUUUUAACACAAUACGGUACAUCAUUGGUGGAGAGUCCUACUCUCUCCAGGAUAUUGAGAAUGGUGUGCUUCGUGCCAACAGGAAGGGUGUUGGUAUGUUCACCCGACCCUUUUCUCACUCCGAUCCACGAUUUAAAGUAGCUUUGGAGAAACACGAGCCACUCAUACACUUUGCACUCGUAUGUGGAGCCAAGAGUUGUCCGCCCAUCAAAACCUACUCCACAGCGGGUAUAUAUGAGCAGCUCACAGUUGCCGCCGAGUCUUUCCUGGAUGGAGAUGACGGCUGUCAGAUUGACAUGCAGAAACGGCAGAUCAGACUUUCAAAAAUAUUAAAGUGGUACGAAGAAGAUUUUGGCAAGAACAAGGAAGAGGUGUUACAUUGGAUCCAGGCUCAUCUUCCUGAGGGCGACAGAAAAUCUCAACUUACAGAACUGUUAGACAGCAAGAAGUAUCGUGUCAACUACAUGGAGUAUGACUGGGGCGUCAACUCUUAAGAGUAAUACUCAUGUGAUCACCUUUAUGUCUGAACUACUCCACAAAGACAAAAACAAAAAGAACAGGAAAACAAUUUGAAUCUGGAAAAGUUUUGUAUAAAUCUUUUUCAAUUCAAAAUGCAAAAAAAAAAAGCUUGGUACAGAA